AUGAUGUUCGACUCGAGAGGCCUCUUUCCGGCAAUUACAGUACUCGUCGCAUUUAUACUCACAAUUCUAUGUCUCUUCGCAGGGACGCGGACAGACUUCUUAGGCGAUGCAGAUAUUUUAACGCUUUAUACACCCGAAGGCAGCACCGACAGUGUAGCUCAUGAUUUCUAUUCCGUCCAUGUCAUGUCCUACUGCCAGGGAACACUGGGAGCAGCGAACCUUACUACAGGAGUCACGCACAAUGUGACCAAGUGUUCCAACCGCACGAUCUUGUUCUCAUUUGACCCAACGCAAGCCUGGCCAAAGGAGAUCACUGACGGCGCAGGGCUGGAGUGGCCCCGCGUGAUCAGUGACGACUUCCACGCCUUCAGAGUGACCAGUCAAUCCAUGGCUAUCCUGUACUGCAUAGGAGUAGGCGCGAUGGGCGCCGUCCUCCUUGUACGAGCAUGGACGAUUCUCGCUCCACAAGCAGCACAGGGCUUAUUUGAAUUUGGGUUUUUAAUGCUCGGGACGCUUAGCACCAGUAUUGCAUCCAUCAUUGCGACAGUUCUCGCCUUUGAGUUCGUGGCUUUGAUUAACGCCCACGGCAAGGGCUCAAACGUGUCGGCCCAAUAUGGCGAGAAGUUCCUUGGAAUGACUUGGGCCGCCACGGGGUUGCUGCUCGUGGGUAGUGUUGCAUGCUUUGUGAAUGUCUUUGUUCACGGGCAGGCUGCAUCGCCUGUACCCGCCGAAAAAGACAUAGAGGGGUAA